UUAUUAUUAUUAUUAUUAUCAUUAUUAUCAAUCAUCAUUUUCAUCACUUUUAAAGUAUUCGAAUUUACUUGGCCACUCAACACCACAACACCAUUCUUAACAUGCGGCGACCGCUGAUGAUCUUGUGACAAGAAAGACCGCCAUCGCCACCCUGAUCCCUCCCUGCCGCCUUCCCAGCCUUCUCCAUUCUUCGAUAGCUAGUCUACUACACUACACACUUAUGCCGGAGCACGUACUAUCAUGUGCGCGCCAGCAGUGUAUCUUCAAAUCUCGCGCACGUUUGAAAAUGGGCAACUGCUCGCGGUAUAAAAACGAGCGGCAGUGUACUCCUGCGCUGCUGUUGUUAUCUAUCACGGGAAGACCUCGCCACUCCUGUGAGAACGUUCAGCUGCCCACCGGCAAUUCCUCUUCUUCAUCGUCCUCGUCCUCGUCCUUCACUGCUAAACAAAAUGCGUGAAUGCAUCUCCAUCCACGUGGGGCAGGCCGGCGUGCAGAUCGGCAACGCCUGCUGGGAGCUGUACUGUCUAGAGCAUGGCAUUCAGCCCGACGGACGCUUGGCGGAGAACGACGUGACCGCCAACGACUCCUUCAGCACCUUCUUCUCCGAGACUGGGUCGGGAAAACAUGUGCCCCGGACAGUGUUCGUCGACUUGGAGCCCUCAGUUGUUGACCAGGUGCGGACAGGUCCGUACCGCCAGCUGUUCCACCCCGAGCAGCUCAUCACAGGCAAGGAGGACGCCGCCAACAACUAUGCCCGUGGCCACUACACCAUCGGGAAAGAGGUGGUGGAUCUGGUGCUGGACAGGAUCCGUAAGCUAGCCGACAUGUGUAACGGCCUACAGGGCUUCCUAAUUUUCCGGUCCUUCGGCGGCGGCACGGGCUCGGGUUUUGCUUCCUUGCUAAUGGAGAGGCUGUCGGUGGAGUACGGCAAGAGGAGCAAGUUGGAGAUUGCCAUUUAUCCCGCCCCUCAGUCCGCCGCCUCUGUCGUCGAGCCAUACAACUCCAUCCUGACGACGCACACCACCCUGGAGCACUCUGACUGCUGCUUCAUGGUGGACAACGAGGCCAUCUUUGACAUCUGCCGCAAGAACCUGGAUAUCUCCUUACCGACUUACGUCAACCUUAACCGGCUCAUCGGGCAGGUGGUGUCCUCCAUCACCGCCUCGCUAAGGUUCGAGGGAGCCCUCAACGUGGACUUGGCAGAGUUCCAGACCAAUCUGGUGCCUUACCCGAGGAUCCACUUCCCACUCACCACCUACUCACCAAUAAUUUCUGCAGAAAAGGCGUAUCACGAGCAGAUGUCGGUGCCAGAAAUUACUAAGGCUUGCUUCGAGCCUGCCAACCAGAUGGUGAAGUGCGAUCCGCGUCACGGCAAGUACAUGGCCUGCUGCCUGUUGUACCGUGGUGACGUGGUGCCUAAGGACGUGACCAAUUCCAUCGCUACCAUUAAAACCAAGAGGUCCAUCCAAUUCGUGGACUGGUGUCCCACUGGGUUCAAGGUGGGCAUCAACUACCAGCCACCAACUGUGGUGCCUGGUGGUGACCUUGCCAAGGUGUCCCGUGCCGUGUGCAUGCUGUCCAACACCACUGCCAUCGCCGAGGCCUGGGCACGCCUUAACCACAAGUUUGACCUGAUGUACGCCAAGCGCGCUUUUGUGCAUUGGUACGUUGGUGAGGGCAUGGAGGAGGGUGAGUUCACAGAGGCUCGUGAAGACAUUGCUGCCCUGGAGAAGGACUACGAGGAGGUGGGCAUGGAUUCUGGUGAUGCAGAGGAAGGUGAUCCUGCUGAAUACUAACCACCAGAUGUCAGCGAGGGUCAGUCACCGCGAUGUUGUGGUGAACCGCUGCAGCUUUGUGGGGCACUCGUUGGGGCCUGCAGACCGAGACUCAAACCUGAUUCUGAUCCUGAGCGAAUGAUUGUAACUCUAGAUCUUGAAUUUUGUUGGUUCGCGUCUCAAGUUGUUUUAUGGCUACACUAUUUGCUUGUUUGUUUCUAUGUUUUGAGCAUGAAUAUGAGAUUCGUUGGUUGGAUUAGCUUUUAUUCACGUAACCUUGUGUGUGACAAUACGUGAAGGGAAUGUUUAGUGAUGGAAGGACAAUCCCAUUCUCGUGGAGACAAACUAUGAUGGCCAUAUGUUUACACAAAUCUGUUUAAGAUUUUGUUGAUUAAAGAUUUAUUCAAGUUCCAUCAAACAUUACUUGAAUGACAUCUUUCCUCCUCUCUGAUUUUCUUUAGCCGUUUGUGUGUGUGUGUGUGUGUGUGUGUGUGUGUGUGUGUGUGUGUGUUUAUUGUGGUUGAUGUAGGAAUUAUAGUUUCAUGAAAUUAUAUUUUUAGGAUUUUUGUGUGAAAUAGCUUGAUUUGCUUUAGGCUUUUCAUGCCUUUGUUUGUAUAAAUGGACGUUUUAUGU